AUGGUCAUACAAUCCGCUCUCGCUGACAUUCCCUGCGCCAACCUUGGUAUGAGUGGGGUCUUGAAGGAGCUGAAUGCGACACUCGGCACAUCAUAUACUCUCGACAACCCCAUCUUGCCCUCCAUUUUCGAAUCCUUCAUCAGACAAGAUUAUGACUUUGGCACCCUGUAUGCUAAUUUGCAUCCGUUUCGGUAUGACUUAACCACUGUCGAAUGCAUCCGCCAAUCAUGGAAUCGGGAUCAGGAAAUGCGACAAAAUCAAGUCAAUAAUAACAGAAUCUCUGAUGGAAAUAUUCCACCCCGGCGCAUCUGGGAUCUGUAUGCUAAUCGAGUGGUGCCAUACUGGAUCACCUGGCCUUCCCGUACAAGAGGGCAGUGGAAGAUAUCUGUCAUAUCACAUGCUUGGAUGUCUGAAGAGGAGCGCAUGGAUGUGUGGACACCUAUCAAUGGCUUUGAAUGGCCUGUGCCAAUACCCAAAGAUGCGAACCUUAAUCUCAUCCGGAUCGAAAUGUUGAACCUUGGAGUGCACUAUGUGUGGCUAGAUGUUCUGUGUUUGAGGCAAGAAGGUGGGAAGAGGGAGGAUUUGCGCAGAGAAGAGUGGAAGGUCGAUGUUCCCACCAUUGGAUCUAUCUAUCGCAAUUGCAGCCGGGAUGUGGUGUAUUACCUCAGCGGGCUAGGUCGACCUUUUUGUUUGAAGCCGGAGGACUUGAGAAGCGAUUGGUGUUGGUUCAGGCGUGCGUGGAUGCUUCAGGAGGUCAAGUCUAUUAUGCCUGCAUAUGUUAUUGGUGGGGAGGCUGGUAAUCGCUGGAUAUGUGAAGAUGUACGAGCAAGGGUUGACAAACACCUUCAAUCAUUGAGGUUGUUGGGUGGUAACUUGUUUGAUAUUUUGCAGGAAAUGCAGAAUCAGGUAUCAACAAAACCUCUUGAUAAAGUCGCAGGCCUGGGAUAUCUUCUCUUCCGAGAGUCUAUCCCGAUAUAUGAUGAGUCACAAUCCGAAGAGGAUGCCUGGGUAGCACUGACAGAAGUGAUGGAUGGGAAGUAUCAUUUGGAGUUGCUCCUCUUGUACCCUGAGCCUGGGAAUGGAUACAAAUGUUGGCAACCUUCAUGGAACGAGGUAAUGGCUAUGGUAACUAUACCAAAGACUAGGAUGUGUUUGCAGUCAGUGGACCUUCAGACUGAUGAGACAGGUGUUGACUGGUAUUGGGGUCCCUGUAUCAAGUUGGGUAAUCUGCGGGGAUUGGGCAAGGUAUCAAGCAAAAUCAUACCUCGACAGGGAGAGUUGUUGGUUAAAGAUCACACUGGGCUAUCCCAUGUAUUCAAGAUCAUUGCUGAUCAUACAUACCUGAUACCUGAUAGCCCAUAUACCCUCAUCGGCAUGAGUUAUUCUCCCUGUUAUUAUGAUGAAACAUCAUUACAUUGGGCAGUCGGGCAUCAGUGA